CCCCACACUACUGACACUCCAGACGAAAAUACGAGCAUGGACAUUCAACCUUAUCCGAAUGCUGACAGAGCGAUCCUUUUCAGCUUCGGUCGGUCUCGCCUGGGGCGGUGACACCGAAAAGGUCAGGCACGUCGUGUAUGGAGCCGUCGUGGAACAGGGCGCGUCACGCUACCCCCCUUCAGCCUAAACGGGCACUCGUCGCAACGCUCUUCUCACCAUCAUGACUUCGAGAAUUCGGCCACUGCGUCGCGUCUGGCUCCUCGCGGAUGGGCCUCGCCUCGAUUUGGUGCAGCUGUAAAACAGCAACCAAAGGAACAAAAAUAAGGGCAAGCCUGUUGGAUCCCCUCUGCUGGGACAAGGCAGCUACCAGGGCGUCGUCUGUUUGAUUUGAAUGGCCAUAUCGAGAUUUAUUUUGGAUGAAUCAUCGCCUUCGAGGCCGCGAUCCGCGCUUGCGCAGCCUGGGAGGCUCUGCUUCACGCAUGAACUGGUCAUGCAUAUAAAAGCCUGCAGCUGAAUGCUGCACCUUCGGCAUAGGCCUGCACAUCAUCCUUCUUCGACCCAAGGAAUUCGCAUCUUCGCCUCCCCUUCGCGUCCCUCGUCUUCGACUCCGUUUCCCCUGUAUUGUGGUCCUUAAAUCUGGCGGGCGUUCUGCCCGGACCCGGCACUCAGAUUUCCUACUGACCAUCCCUCCGGUCAUCAUGUCCCGCCUCAGCGCUUACAACAGGAAUCACUCCUUCCCACCCUCCAUUCGCUACGUGCAGAAGCCGUCGAAGAGUCUCAGCCAGCCCCUGCCAGACAUCGACGACGAGCCUUGGGCACACUUCCUUGCUCAAGACGAGGACGAGGAUGAGCAGUUUGCUGACUACCUCCACUUUGAUGCUGGCAUCUUGGCCGGUUCCGAGACGCAAAAGAGGAAGGCCAACAAGUUCAGGUCCUUUUCUGUCGAGGCAGACCGCAAUAUAAAGCAUCACCACGGUGCCCUCCACCGCCGCCAGCUGGAGCAUGGCUUUCUAUCGCAGCAGCGGCUCAGAGCCCAACAUGAAGACACGGAUCGACCCAUCCCAGCCUCUAAGAGGUCUCUUGCCAUUUCGGCUUCCGGUGGAUCUGCUCGUCGUCAGAUGGUAAGGAGGCACUCUGGUCAUCGCCACUCCUGGCAAGAGCCCUCCUUGUUCACCGUCACGGAAGAAGUUCCUAGAAUCGUCGUCUCCGACUACGACGACGACAAUUCUUCAGUCAACAGUUUCACCUCCACCGACAGCCUCGGGGAGAGCCUCUCUGAGAAUUCGGGAGUUGCGUCCGAAGAAGCUGUUCCUCAGAGCUCCGGCGUUGCAACGGAAACUGCACCGGCAGCGCCGCCGAGUCCUAGAAUGAUGGCCUCGAUCCACCCGGCAGAGAAAUCCGACUCUCAACUCAAUCAAAUGUGGCUAGUGGAGCGUGCGCGCUUAUGACUAUCUAAGGCGGUGAAAGCGGCGAAGGCCUUGAGUUGCUUCUGAACAAUAUCACUGCAGGCGGUCUGCAUGACCAACGGUAAAAAUUGAUCCUGAUCGUUGCAUAUCUAUCUGGUGUGGGUUUGCCGGCGUACAGUUGUCUGGAACUCAUUUUUUCACAAAUCAUAGUCGACUGGAAAAAAAAAAAACAUCAAGGGUUGUCAUACUAUUCUUAGAUGCAUCUCGGCAACGAGGAAUACGGUAAAGGGCCUUUACUUGCAUCGUCAUCUUGUAUUAAGAGAUCAUAAUUAAUUGAAUCUAUUCACUGUUGACUUCAGCGUUGUACGC